GUUGGGGGAAGCAAAGGAAAAAGAGAAGGAGCCCCUGUAGGUGAGGACGAACCUGAGGGAAAUGUCCCCAAGGCCUAGGAAAAGAUAGGAGGCAGGGACACCUCUGCCGAUAAGUCAAGAUGAGGACUGACAACUGACCACUGGCUUUGACCUCAUGGAGGGCAUGAGUGCCCUUGACAAGAGUAGCUGAGGGGAGAGCUGGAGGCAAAAGCUUGACUGGAAUGGGUUCAAAGGAGAAUGGGGGGACUGAGGAAUGACAGUGAGGAUAGACUGCUUUUUGCAGGAAUUUUGCAAAUAUGAAGCUUAGUGAGGGGAGAUGAGGGGAUCAUGUGACGUUAUUCUAAGACAGAGUCAUGUUUGUAAACUAAGGGGAAGGAUGCAAUAAAGAGGGAAGGACCAGUGAUGCAGGACAGACAGGGGACAAGCGCAGGGAGAAAGUCCCUGAAAGGGCAAGGACAGGACCCAGUGUCUGUUACCAUUCACUUGGGUAUAUAAGUUCUGCUGUACUUUAAAAAUCAGGGUCCUCAGUUUACAGCUACACUUUAUUCAGCAUUUGCUUUAGAGGAGGCACUACAGCAGUUGCUCACGGCAUACGGUAAUAUAAUUACUACCACCGAUGGGACAUCUCUUCUUGGUUAAGCAGUGUACCAUCACUAUAUCACAUUGAAUGAUCACAAAUUCUCUAGUAGGUAUAAAUUGUUUCUAUAACCAAUGAGAAACUAAGGCUUAUAGAGGUACCAUAACUUGUCCAAAGUCACACAAUUAAUAAUGAUAUUUAUGUUGCCUCUUGCAGAAUGAGGCCUUCAAAGUGAAUUUUUUUAACCCCUUUUUGUGCAAUCUGGUUCCUCAUCUCGCCCAUCGUACAGUAGGCUUUUUCUUUCUCGGGUAACAGCAGAUAAUCAAUUGUGACACCCUAGGGGUAUUGGCAGAAGCAUCCUUCAGAACAACGACAACAGGCAACUGAGAAUAUUACCUCAUUAUCUCUCAUGAGUUGCCCAGUAUUCUUGGCGGCUGAUGGGGCAAUGUUUUCCAGGUCUUGAAGUCAUUUUAUAAUGAUACCUACUUCGAGCGGCAUGGAACAUUCAUGGAUGAGAAGGUCAUGCUGCUCCUGUGGUCUUGCACCGUAUCCAUGUUUCCUCUGGGCGGCUUGUUGGGGUCACUGACAGUUGGCCUGCUGGUUGACAAAUGUGGCAGGUAAACAGGAGAAAGGGAACCCUGCUGAUCAACAACGUCUUCGCCAUCGUCCCUGCCAUCUUGAUGGGAGUCAGCAAAGUGGCCAAGGCUUUUGAGCUGAUCAUCUUUUCACGAGUGGUGGUGGGAGUCUGUGCAGGCAUCUCCUACAGUGCCCUCCCCAUGUACCUGGGAGAGCUGGCUCCCAAGAACCUUAGGGGCACUCUGGGAACAAUGACUGAAGUUUUUGUCAUCGUGGGAAUCUUCCUAGCGCAGAUCUUCAGCCUGCAGGCCAUCCUGGGCAAUCCUACAGGCUGGCCCGUGCUCUUGGCACUCACGGGGGUCCCUGCGCUGCUACAGCUGCUCUCUCUGCCUUUCUUCCCUGAGAGCCCACGGUACACCCUGAUUCAGAAAAGAGAUGAAAACACAGCUCGGCAAGCUCUGAGGAAACUGAGAGGCUGGGCUGAUGUGGAUGACGAGAUGGAGGAAAUGCGUGUGGAGGCGGAGGCCGAGAAGGCUGAGGGCCGCCUGUCCGUGCUCAACCUCUUCACCUUCCAGCCUCUGCGAUGGCAGCUCAUCUCCAUCAUUGUGCUCAUGGCCGGCCAGCAGCUUUCCGGGGUCAACGCGAUCAACUACUACGCAGACACGAUCUACACAUCCGCUGGCGUGGAGGCUGCUCACUCCCAGUACGUCACAGUGGGGGCUGGCGUGGUCAACAUUGUGAUGACCGUCAUCUCAGCUUUCACCGUUGAGUGGCUGGGGAGACGGCGCCUUCUGCUGGUCGGCUAUGGCAUCUGCGGUUCGGCCUGCCUCACACUGAUGCUGGCGCUCCUCUUCCAGAGCAGGGUCCCGGAACUGUCUUAUCUUGGCGUCAUCUGUGUCUUCACGUACAUCGCAGGACAUUCCAUCGGGCCCAGUCCCGUCCCCUCCGUGGUGAGGACUGAGAUCUUCCUGCAAUCCUCCCGGCCGGCCGCCUUCAUGGUGGACGGGGCGGUGCACUGGCUCACCAACUUCAUCGUGGGCUUUGUGUUCCCUUCCAUUCAGGAGGCCAUUGGGCCCUACAGUUUCAUCAUCUUUGCUGGAAUCUGCCUCCUCACUGCUGUUUACAUCUAUGUGGUGAUUCCUGAGACCAAGGGCAAAACAUUUGUGGAGAUAAACCAAAUUUUCGCCAAGAGAAACAGAGUUGAGAGUCUAGAGAAGAAAGAAGAAAUCACAGAUGUUGGGUCUCAGAUACCCUCUGUGCCUGCCAUGGAAACUUCCUUUUAAUGGCUCAGCAUGUUCCCCAAUGCCACAGCAAGGCUUCCUUCUCUGAGAAAGGGGACUUCCUGCCCUAAGCCUUGAGGGAGAGUCACAGCUGUGAGAUCUUUGUGCCCCUCAGUGGCAACUGGGAGACUUUGGAAAGUUUAGUCCCUGAUUUGGUUGAGAUGUGGUUAGCUUCCAGCGCUAACCCCUGGGAGAAGUGACACAGGAGGGUGUGCGUGUACGUGAGCAUUGAUUGGCAAGACUCGAUUCUGUGACUACAUUGGCUCCAAACUCGAAUGAUGUAUGGACACACUUUUAUAAAGUAAGACUUUUCAAGUUCAGCGAUUGGUAUGGAGGCCAAGACCCUGGUCAAUGUGUUGGUUUGAGAAUCAAAGGAACUAGAGGCCAAAGCUCUGGAUCCCAUUGCCUUCUUAGGGUAAGGGUCACUCCUUCUCUCACUCUGUGGCUGCACAUGUCCUGGUCAGCAUCACAGCCUGCAAAGCCAGUUGGGCAAGAGAGAUAAGAGUGAUCUUGGUAUUGUUUAGAAAAAUACUCUCUCUGGAUUGGUCAGUUGAUAUCUGCUUGGAAACAGGAGAGCACUGUAUCGAAAGAGCUAAAGUGCCAAAGCUCACUCACUAAGAAAUACGUAACCUGUAUAGCCCUAUAUCAAAUAAAGAGAUUGAACUUGUAGUUGAAAAACUUCCCACAUAGGAAACUUCGGGCCCGAAAGGAUUCACCGGCGAAUUCUACUAAACAUUUAAGGAAGAAAUAAUACCAAUUUGACACAAAUUCUUCCAGGAAAUGAAAGAGGAAGGAGUACUUCUCAACUCAUUCUAUGAAGCCACCAUUAUACUGA